AUGCGACCAGCUCUGAGCCAAUGCUUUCCAAACCCCCUCACUCACCAGUGGCCUUCCACGAGUAAACCCAUUCUUUGCGAGUCUCGGCAACUCUAUGUUCUGGUGUGCAUAUGCUGCUGUGUACCGAAUACUCACCUCCUCUUAUUACAAGAGAAGGAGUGUACGGAUAUUGUCACGUUGAUGCCUAAAGGACCGAAGUAUGUAGACUUCUGGAUUACCGUUCGCACCACGCCGGAGGACAUCAGCAGCUUUUUCUUGCGUGCUGAGACGGCAUCAGUGAGUGGUGUUGCCAGCAAUUCUUCUAACGCUGUCACACGGAAGGGAACUAGGCCUAUAAGUCCCCAAAGGCUCGAGUUUUCUCAAAUAAGCAUCUCUCAGGAUCUUCCUGGAGAUUCCCAACUCGGUGCUGAGGCCGGGUUGGGGACUUUAUCCGACGACCGAAGACUUCAAUCACCCAAACAGCAGCGACAGGUGGUUGUGGUGUGUUUACAUGGAAUCAUGGCUGCCAGUCCUGCCGUUUUGUCUGUUCUCACGAUGGUGCUGACCUUUGGGUAUGUGUAUCACAACCGAGUCACCAAGAUGGUUCCUUCGCUUCGCAUUGUGGCCUUUUGUGAUCACAUGUAUGCAUCGGUCCUCCCAGAAAGUAUCCGGGCAUGUUUCUCGCUUUCCACAUUUUUGUCUGGAAUGGUAAAAGAUGGCGCAGUGAUCCUUCAAAGUAACAACACAAAAUAUUCGAGUAUAGUCAAUAAGAACUAUAUGAAUGAGGUAAUCUUUUCGCCGAAUGGGUAUUCUUUAGUUAAGACGGUAACUCUUACCGGCGCGGUCUCGCGAUACUUGCGGCACUUAUUGGAAGUAGUUCGAGGGUGUAUAGUGAUGGAGUUGGCUCCAGGACCUUAUAUUAUGCGCGGCAUAUCGAAGUACAUCACCAUCCUCAAGGUUGCCGCAAUGCUUUUUAUGCCCAACGAGGAGGAUCUCGUGCGGCGGACCCCAGGACGCUGGAUGUCUCAGCGAAUCCAGGGGGCAUGUAGUAGAACCAGUAGUUUUCUGAUGUCAAUGGAUAGCAAUGCGAUUGACAGUGAUCUUAACAACGUGAAUAAUUCUACAGCAAGGUUGCUCUCCACCUUGGAGCAUGUUGUUGUUUCACCAACAGAUGUCAUCUGUCUUCUACCUGUAUUUGUAACACAUCAUCUAACGUUAAACAAGAGUUUUGUGGAUAAACCGGCAUGGAUGACAGCAGUACGCGAGAGAAUGGCCGGUGUAGGCCGUCCCAUGAGCACUGAUCCUAUCCUUGAAAAUGGGCAAUCUCCAGAGUUAGUGCAAUCCAAAGAGGAUCAAACAUAUAUGGUGAGCUUAUGGGAUGCCCACAUGGCUAAUCUAGCUCUAGGCAAUCGUCGGGUCACCAGGGAAGUCGAGAUCCCUUCCAUGACGUUGAACAGCACACUACUGCUGGGGCAAUCAUUGAAGGAUGGAAAUUCUUCGAGGUGCUUGUUUCUUCCAUUUUCGACCUUUCAUACCUUAAAUGAUCACAUUGACCAUCGACAGGAAUCCUCAAAUUUUGUUGAUGGCACUACACCGCCAGCAUCAUCUAUGAAAGUAAAGCCCCAAGAAGGAUCAUUAUACGCGAAAAAUGGACAGAAUAGGCCAGUAGUCGCCACUGCCCCUGAAAAUACAUAUAAUAAGAUACUUAGUAACGAUACAUCACCCAUCUCAGAUUAUUGCAGUUAUUCUGAGGUGAAGGACUUGGUUCGGGCUGUGAUUGUGUGCCGUAGUGCGCCGUCCCCGGGCUGA